GCCGGGACCAAUCAAAUUAGCACCUCGGCGAGGGAAAGGCAACGGAUGAGGCCCGCACGGUCGGGCAUUAUGAAAGACCUCGUCGCUAGCCCUUCCGGUUUAUCGUCCUCAAACCCCUCAGCUCAGGAGGUCAGGCCAGAGGGUACCGGCUCCUCCAAGAAGAGGAAGCUGAACAGCAGCAGCAGCGAAAAGGACGAUUUCGACCCCCUUUCCUCCCCCAAACACUCUUCCUCCUCCUCCAACCUCUUACAGAAGAAACUGAGGUUUGACGAUACCCUGGACUUUAUUGGACUCGAUGUGAAGAUGGCUGAGGAGUCCCCCUCCUCUUCUUCGUGCUCUUCCAAUGCUCCUCAGCCCCUGAGGAGUAAAAACGUACUGAUCUCCCCUGUGGCUGCUGGCCAUCAUGCCAAUGGGCUCACCAAAGCCUCCCCUGUGUCCAGCUUUGCUAACAGCAAGCAUGGCUCUGCCAAGAAGUUAGUAAUCAAGAACUUUAAAGAUAAACCUAAAUUGCCUGAAAAUUACAGUGAUGAAACCUGGCAGAAACUGAAGGAAGCGGUACAAGCCAUUCAAAAAAGCACUUCAAUAAAAUACAACUUAGAAGAAUUGUACCAGGCUGUGGAAAACCUCUGUUCUUACAAGAUCUCUGCAAACCUCUACAAACAAUUGAGGCAGAUUUGUGAGGACCACAUCAAAGCACAAAUUCACCAAUUCAGAGAAGAUUCAUUGGAUUGUGUCAUUUUUCUAAAGAUAAUAAACAAAUGUUGGGAGGACCACUGCAGGCAAAUGAUCAUGAUUCGGAGUAUAUUCUUAUUUCUGGACAGAACAUAUGUUCUGCAAAAUUCAAUGUUGCCAUCUAUAUGGGAUAUGGGAUUGGAACUCUUCAGAAACCAUAUCAUCAGUGAUCAGAAAGUCCAGAACAAGACCAUUGAUGGAAUUCUUCUGUUGAUUGAGAGAGAACGAAACGGAGAAGCGAUCGACAGAUAUUUAUUACGAAGCCUUCUUAGUAUGCUCUCUGACUUACAGAUAUAUCAGGACUCGUUUGAGCACAGGUUCUUAGAAGAGACAAACCGGCUGUAUGCUGCAGAAGGCCAGCGGCUCAUGCAGGAGUGUGAGGUUCCAGAAUACCUUCAUCAUGUGAACAAACGCUUAGAAGAAGAAGCAGACCGUGUAAUUAAAUAUUUAGAUCAAAGCACACAGAAGCCAUUAAUUGCUACUGUAGAGAAACAGCUUCUAGGUGAACAUUUAACGGCCACUCUCCAGAAAGGUUUAAAUCACCUUUUGGAUGAAAAUCGUAUUCAAGACCUUUCCUUGCUGUAUCAAUUGUUCAGUCGAGUGCGAGGUGGAGUACAGGUUCUUCUGCAACACUGGAUUGAAUAUAUAAAGGCCUUUGGUAGCACCAUUGUGAUCAAUCCAGAAAAAGAUAAGACAAUGGUACAAGAGCUGCUGGAUUUUAAGGACAAAGUUGACAAUGUGAUAGAUGUCUGCUUUUUAAAGAAUGAAAAGUUUGUAAAUGCUAUGAAAGAAGCAUUUGAAACUUUUAUUAACAAAAGACCAAACAAACCCGCAGAACUAAUAGCUAAAUAUGUCGAUUCGAAGCUGCGGACUGGAAAUAAAGAAGCGACUGAUGAAGAGCUUGAAAAGAUGCUGGAUAAAAUUAUGAUUAUAUUUAGGUUCAUUUAUGGUAAGGAUGUGUUUGAGGCUUUCUACAAGAAAGACUUGGCCAAGCGGCUCCUUGUUGGAAAAAGUGCUUCCGUAGAUGCUGAAAAAUCUAUGCUUUCGAAAUUGAAGCACGAAUGUGGGGCUGCCUUUACCAGCAAACUUGAAGGAAUGUUUAAAGACAUGGAAUUAUCAAAAGACAUUAUGGUUCACUUUAAACAGUACAUGCAGAACCAGAAUGUCCCGGGCAAUAUUGAGCUGACGGUAAACAUUCUCACAAUGGGAUACUGGCCAACAUAUGUACCUAUGGAAGUUCAUCUGCCUCCAGAAAUGGUAAAAUUACAGGAGAUAUUUAAGACCUUUUAUCUGGGAAAGCACAGCGGUAGAAAGCUGCAGUGGCAAUCAACACUAGGACAGUGUGUAUUAAAAGCUGAGUUCAAUGAGGGUAGGAAAGAGCUCCAGGUUUCGCUGUUUCAAACGCUUGUCUUGCUGAUGUUUAACGAGGGAGAAGAAUUCAGUUUUGAGGAGAUUAGGCAGGCAACUGGCAUAGAGGACAGUGAGUUACGAAGAACGCUGCAGUCUGUAGCAUGCGGAAGAGCCAGGGUUCUUGUCAAGAGUCCCAAGAGUAAAGAUGUUGAUGACGGAGACAAGUUCACGUUCAAUGAUGAUUUCCGGCAUCAGCUCUUCAGAAUAAGGAUUAAUCAAAUUCAGAUGAAAGAAACGGUGGAAGAACAAGCAAGCACUACAGAGAGAGUAUUCCAAGACAGACAGUACCAGAUUGAUGCAGCAAUUGUUCGAAUAAUGAAAAUGAGGAAGGCUCUUAGCCACAAUCUCCUGGUUUCCGAGGUGUACAACCAGCUUAAAUUCCCAGUCAAGCCUGCAGAUCUGAAGAAAAGAAUAGAAUCCUUAAUAGACAGAGACUACAUGGAAAGGGACAAGGAAAAUCCCAACCAGUACAAUUACGUUGCGUAGAAAUGUCGUCGCCUUUGUUUUUAUGAGCUCCUUGUCGCUGGGUUGCUAAUGGAUAAUAAAAUUAGCCUUUCGAUCCCAUUAAAUUAAUCUUUCUUUUUACAUCAUCACUAACUGAAUGCAAACUGCCUAAAGACGAACUACGUAAGCAACAUUUUCGGUGAUGUCAAAUACCCCCUUUAAAGAAUACAUUUUACAUUUAAAAAGAAUGCUGUUGAACUCUUUGCAUGUUAUUUAUAACGAUGUGCAGAACACUUAAGAGUGACUUCCAGAGUUCUAUCUGCUCUACAAGUGAAGACAAUAUUAAAGGGCAAAAUGGCACUUUCUUCCAGCUGUUCCUUGAAGCUGCAUGCAAACUCUCACAACAGCUAGGGAUGUGAUCAAGGAUAUUCUCAUGGCCGGUGUGCUUCUCGUGUGAUCUGUUAAUUCGCAGCUUGAACAUUUGGCACUUCCAUCACAACCAAAACAGAAGGCACUGUACCCCAAGUAUAUGAAUAUGACUUUUAUUUAAGGAUGUAUCAUUCGUGUGCUUAAGUGCUAGUUUUUACCGCAUAAACAUUCUUCUAAUGA